AUGGGAAGGUCCCCAUGCUGCGAUGAGAAUGGCCUUAAGAAAGGACCAUGGACUCCUGAAGAAGAUCAAAAGCUUGUCCAGCACAUUCAGAAACAUGGCCAUGGAAGUUGGAGAGCUCUCCCUAAGCUAGCCGGUCUUAACAGAUGUGGAAAAAGUUGUAGGCUAAGGUGGACCAACUAUCUAAGGCCUGACAUAAAGAGGGGGAAAUUUUCUCAAGAAGAGGAGCAAUCAAUUCUGCAUCUCCAUUCCAUCCUUGGAAACAAAUGGUCAGCAAUUGCAACCCAUCUUCCAGGGAGGACAGAUAAUGAGAUCAAGAACUUCUGGAAUACUCAUUUAAAGAAAAAGUUAAUUCAGAUGGGUUUUGAUCCAAUGACUCACCAACCAAGAACUGACCUUGUUUCCAGCUUGCCAUAUCUGCUAGCUUUGGCCAACAUGACAGACCUUAUGGAUCAUCAGUCAUUGGAUGAACAGGCUGUGAGGUUACAAGCGGAGGCAGUUCAGCUGGCAAAGCUUCAAUACGUUAAUUAUUUACUCCAAUCUUCAAAUUCCUUAAGUACCAAUUCCUAUGAUCAAAAUGCCAUCACAAACAUGGAACCUUACAAUUUGUUAAACUCAAUCUCUAAUGUUAAAGAGAACCCAGUUAUAUACUGUACUAAUUCACAACUGGAUACUCAAGCCUCAUUUUCUCAUGGGAUUGCUAGCUCCCAACCACUCCACCACCCAAGCAUGUUACCUCACUUUUUAGACCCACAAGUCUCUUUUAGUUCCCAAUCAUGUUUGAAUGGUGAGCAGGGUCAAGUUACUAACUUUGCAAUGAUAAGUCAAGGGGAUCACACUGCUGAUGACUUGUCCUGGAUAAUUCCAUCUCCUGCUCCAUUUAUUCCUCCAAAUGCGACAGGGACCUCAACUACCAAUCCAGGUGAUGCAAGCAGCAGCACUUGUAGCUAUGGAGGAGGACCCUCAUCUUAUUGGUCUGAACUAUUUUUCGAGGACCCCAUUAUGCAUGAGUUAUCUUAG